AUGUCGGAAGAGAAAAUAUUUAUUGAGAAAUUUGGAAAUAAGUACUUUUGUCUUCGGCAAAGAAAUAAUAUUCAUUGUCAAACCAAAACAAAAUCGAAUAAAAAAAAUAUUCUGAAGCCAAAUCAAAGCGAAAUUGAAGAAAAUGAAAUUUACAAAACUGUUGACAAAUUGGAAAACAUGGUGUUUUAUAAGUUGUCUAAAAUAAAAAAAUUCAAGCCACCAACUGACAAAAAAGCACAUUUCGAACAAAAAUUACAAGAAUUUUUAAGAAUUAAUGAAUUAGCCAUACGUAUUUUAGACGAAAUACAAUACUCAACCGAUGUGAUAUAUGAUUUAAAAAUGGUACAAAUCAUAUUUUAUCAUAAUCUUACACAACUCCAAUGCAUUCAGGAUGAACAAAAAGAUAUAUCGGAAAACAUGAAAAAAGAAAAAUGGAGUUAUACCGAUAAAAUUUUAAAAUUCAUAUUAUGCUCUUGUUGCUUGUAA